GCGGACAAAACAUGCUGCCGGGUGGAAAUAUUCGCUUGCAUGUUUAAUUGUGCUUGGCUAGCUAACUUUUAUCAUCUUAUAACGUCUCCGUAAUAAUUUUUAGACACUUUUAACAGCUCCUGAUUAGAGUCGUUAGCUUUAGCCGCAUUAUUUUACACCCAAAAAACAGUCGGGAUGCCAAUGAAAGUAGACAGGACCAGCUUCCCACAAUCCAUUGAUUGGGAAUUAUGAGCGGUCCAUUGUACACGUUUGUGAGCAGAGACGACAAUAGCACCGUCUAUGCAGAAGUUUCAAAGAUCCUUCUCGCCACUGGACACUGGAAGAGGCUGAAAAAAGACAAUCCCAGAUUUAAUUUGAUGCUCGGGGAGAGGAACAGACUACCAUUUGGACGUUUAGGUCAUGAACCAGGUCUUGUGCAGCUCGUGAACUACUACAGGGGGGCAGACAAGCUCUGCAGAAAGGCCUCUUUGGUCAAGUUAAUAAAGACCAGUCCGGAGCUGCGGGACUCUUGUAACUGGUUUCCUGAAUCGUACAUUAUUUAUCCCACAAACCUGAACACACCUGUGGCUCCGGCAUCUAAUGGCAUCAGCCACUUAAAGAGCAACCCCAAAACCGACGAGAGGGAGGUGUUUCUCGCCUCAUACAAUGCCAAGAAGGAGAGUGGAGACGGAACAGUGUGGAUCGCAAAAUCUUCAGCUGGAGCGAAAGGAGCUGGUAUCUUGAUUUCCCAUGAUGCUGCUGAGCUGUUGGAAUAUAUCGAUAAUCAGGGCCAAGUCCAUGUCAUUCAGAAAUACCUGGAGAAGCCUCUGCUGCUGCAGCCGGGAAACCGCAAGUUUGACAUCAGGAGCUGGGUGCUGGUAGACCAUCAGUACAACAUUUACCUGUACAGAGAAGGCGUGCUACGUACCUCCUCAGAGCCCUACAACAGUGAGGACCUGGGGGACAUGACCAGUCACCUGACCAACCAUUGCAUCCAGAAGGAGAUGUCGCAGAACUACGGCCGCUACGAGGAGGGCAACGAGAUUUUUUUCUCCGACUUCAGACUCUACCUCCUCAACAGCCACGGGGUCACGCUGGAGAGCUCCAUCUUACCUCAGAUCAAACAUAUUAUCAAGAGCUGUCUGUCGUGUAUUGAACCUGCCAUCAGCACUAAGCACCUGUCGUACCAAAGCUUCCAGCUGUUUGGCUUUGACUUCAUGGUGGAUGAGACCUUCAAAGUUUGGCUCAUCGAGAUCAAUGGGGCUCCAGCCUGCGCACAGAAGCUGUACUCAGAGCUGUGUCAGGGCAUCGUGGAUGUGGCCAUCUCUCCGGUCUUCAGCCUGAACAGCAGUGGUGACUCUGGCUCUUCUUCUCCGUAUUCCUCCUCUCCCUCUUCCACCUCCUUCAACCUCUCCACAAAUGCAUGCUCCUCCCCCAAGAUCAGAGGGCCACUGCACGUGGGGCCAUUCACGCGCUUACUGUAGUGCCUUACAUUUCCAGCCAUUGCCCCUUAAACUGACUGCCAGUCGACCUGCUGUUCAAUGAGCGUUUGCACUGUUCUACUCUAUUAGCCACCUACAGUGUCUCCAGUCCACAGCAAUUCAAUAGUCUUUUGGUCAUUUAGC